AUGUCCAAGUCCAAGGAAUCCUCCGGUGGUUUCCACCAGGAGUACAUCGCGUCCCUGCGCUAUCGCAAUGACCUUCCCCCUCCUCACAUGCCCCCCAAGCUCCUUGACAUCCCCCACGAAGGUCUGAGCCGCUACCUUACUCCUGGAUUUGCCUCCAACCUGGCCCGUCGAGAGGAGCCCAACAUCGAUGUCGACGCCGAGGGUGGUUUGCCAAUUGACCUUGUUGGUCUUCCAGGAUUACAUUUGGGCGAUGAGAGUGCUAUCAUGGCCCCCGAAAACCCUCAACCCAUAGACCCCGCCGAUCUCCCACUUCUGAUGACCAUUGACCAACUACGAAACCCCGCCCCGAAGAAUGCCAACGUCAGUUUCUUACGGCGCACCCAGCACAUUGGUGUCGAUCGCACCGCUGGAAGUGAGGCCCAUUCCACUCCUUUCUUGAAACCAUCGCGCAGCACAAAGAAGAAGCCUGCCGUGGACGACCCCAACUAUGUCAAGAAGUUUGUCCAGAAGGGAUUCGACAUUGCUUACCCGGAGAGCAAGCACACUGGACCGGACACCGACAGUCAGGUCCGCGGACUGACCGCCACCAAGGCCGAGGCGGACGCCUGGGCCAAUCCUGUCAACCCAGAAAAAGCCAAGUUGAAGCCUGUUGGAUUCUUCCCGGUUUUGCCUGAUCUCGAGGGAUUCCCAGACCCCGGUGGUUACCUUCAAUUCAAAUUCGAUAAGGCGCCACUGGCAGCUGUGGGAGGCAAGCGCGACAAGCGCAUGGACGUCGGUGUUCUAUCACCCGUUGCCCCGGAGCAGCGCAUCUGCCAGGAGCACGAGUCGAAGAUGAAACUCCACUCACAAAAUCCCAACCUAUACCCACACCCCGGUCCAGUGCCUUACGACUACCAACUCUUCCUCCCCGAGAAGCCCCACUCCGCCCAAAAAGUGCAUUCGAGCAUGGAUCUGACAAAUGCUCAUCGCGACAGCGAAGAUCUCUACACCAACGAGAGCGCAGAAGGCAGUAAAUUCCACCGCUACGACCGUGUCCGCACAUACGCCACAAGUACCCAAGUCUUCAACACUGAACAGAAAGACCUCGCCUUGACCCUCUUCCAACCCAAGGACGGUGACACCAGACAGCUAGCCGCGUACUACUACACGAUCCUCGGCAAGACACGCCUCAAGCCCGAGCGAGCUCGAACCAUCGCUCAAGCCGGUCUGGCUCCCACCUCUACGCAGCAAGAAGAGCGCGAAGAGCAAGUGGACCAGAUGCAAGUCAUUGUGCGUGAUCCCAAUGAAGCAGAAGUAUACAAGCGUGCCUUGGCCCGUCUUCGUAUCGAUCCGAAGUUCGAGAGCAGUAUGCCCCCUGAACCGGUUCAGGAUGAGGUGGAAGAGGAGAGGCCUGAAGAGGAUACUCAUAUGAGUGAUGAUGAGUAG